AUUGAUGGCUGUGGCACCAAUAUUAGACUGACCAUGCCCCACUCUUCAGCCACCCUCCACUUUAAAUUACAGCCCUCUUAGUAGUUGGUCAGGCGCGUUACGACGCAUUUUUACAGACCGACUCCAUUGCGACCGGCGGCAUUAAUACUUUCGAUGCAUGAGAGUUUUCACCCGCUGAGCAGGCAGCCGAGCAGAUCAAUUGCGUUAUGGCUUCGGAUCAAGAAAAGAACAGACGGCGUAUGAAACAGCUUCUUCAGAAACCUGGGAAUGGAAACUGUGCCGACUGCGGAUCUCCAGAUCCGGAGUGGGCAUCCUAUACCCUGGGUGUGUUUAUGUGUCAAAGCUGCUCAGGCUUCCAUAGAAACAUUGCUCAGAUCAGCAAAGUGAAGUCUGUCCUCCUGGAUCCCUGGAGCUCCUCUGAGGUGGAGUUUGUGGACUCUGUAGGUAAUGAUGCUGCCAAGGCCAAAUAUGAGCAAAUUGUUCCUGCCUUCUACUACCGUCCCACGCACAAAGACUGCACGCUCCUGCGGGAACAGUGGAUCCGAGCAAAGUAUGAGAGGAAGGAGUUUUUGUCUGUGGAGAGGCAGGAGCCCUACUCUGCAGGUUACAGAGAGGGGUUUCUAUGGAAACGAGGCAGAGACAACGGACAGUACCUCAGCCGAAAAUUUAUUCUGUCUGAACGGGAGGGCGUUCUGAAGUACUUCAACAAGCAUGAUGCCAGAGAGCCUAAAGCGAUAAUGAGGAUCAAUAGUGUGAAUGCCACUUUCCAACCAACGAAAAUCGGCACUGCCCAUGGCCUGCAGAUAACCUAUCUGAAGGACAACAGUACUAGGAAUAUCUUUGUUUACCAUGAGGAUGGAAAGGAAAUCGUGGACUGGUUCAACGCCAUCAGAGCAGCCAGGUUUCACUACCUGCAAGUGGCUUUUCCUGGGGCUUCCAAUUCUGAUUUGUUGCCAAAGCUAACCAGGAACUACAUAAAGGAGGGUUACAUGGAGAAGACUGGGCCAAAGCACACAGAGGGCUUCAAGAAGAGGUGGUUUACGAUGGACGACAGGAGGCUCAUGUACUUCAAAGAUCCCCUGGAUGCCUAUGCAAGAGGCGAGGUGUUCAUUGGUAGCAAGGAAAACAGCUACACUGUGCUUGCCGGCCUCCCUCCUAACAUUCAGGGCUACCAUUGGCAGUUUGGAAUUACCAUAGUGACCCCAGACAGGAAGUUCCUUUUUGCAUGUGAGACUGAAGAGGAUCAGAAAGAUUGGAUGGCGGCAUUUCAGACUGUUAUCGACAGACCAAUGCUGCCUCAGGAGUAUGCAGUGGAGGCCUAUUUUAAGCACAAACCAUGACUAUCUCGGUGUUUGAGGAACUGCUGGAGCAAGAAGUGGAGCUGGAAGAAGAAAAGGACCUGUGAUGGGUACUUGACAUCUCAUAAUAGAGGCUCUUGUAAAAUGAAACCUGACAGAGAAAAGGUUCUAAAGGUGAGACAGCUUCAACUGCAGUUACCAUUCCUACAGUUACACUUUUUACCGCCCUGCUCGUCACUCACAUUUCUUAGGGAGUCAGAAUCACUUCUAAGCUCAUGAAUGUUAGCCUAACCCAUCUGUCAUGUGAUGUGACUUACAUACUUGAAAGAGGUCAGUCAUCCUGACCUGAAUGUGCAGAAGUUAUGUACGUAUGCCUUUUUGUGUAGGAAUCAGAACCGUUGCUGCUCUGAUGUAAAGAGAUUUCAUUAUUGUGUUCUUUGUUCUUGCAAUAAUUUUCCUUGAAUUUCAACCAAGUGUACAAACUGUGCCUUUCUGGCCAGUUAUUGGCAGACUGAAAGCAUAAUCUGACACGGGACUGUAAUAUGUCAGUAAGAAGAAAUAAUACGUAGUCUACAGAUCAUCUCACAUUUUUACAUUUAUUUCCAUGUAUGGGUACAAUGAUAUUUAUUUCUUGAUUUUUAUUUAUAUUUUUAACCGUCUAUCUGCAGCUCUCAAUAUUAUGGUGUGAAGCACUGCUCGUACAAUAAGCUUUGGUUUUGCUUUUUGUACAUAUUCAAAGCUGACUGUAAAACUGCUUUGUGUGUGGUUUACUAUCAGCUUGCAUUUAUUUCUCAUUUUUGUAAAACUAUCAAAAAAAUGGAUUGAAAUAAAUUAUUUGCUUUCAUGCCAUGAUUAUUUAUCCACUAGAGGGAGACAAAGGAAAUGUUUUAAAUUUAUUAUUAAACCUCAUCAAACCAGUGACCGAAAAUGUGCAUAAAACAAUUUGUGCAAGCUCUGAAGAGAAAGGCAUGAAGAUGUUUUUGAGCAGUAUUGAGUUAAGCAAACAAUGUGAGUAUACAUCCUUCCUGCUUAAAUCACUGAAGACCCAAGACAUUAAACCUCCACUGUACACACUGUUUUAUAACUCAUGCUUGCUCUGAACCCACUGGACUCAAGUAAGAGGAGAAUUUGUCUGUGAAUUUGACAUAUAGUC